AUGUUAUUUAUUCUCCCCGAUUGGUGGGGAAGUAUAGGCCAAGAUGGGGAUGACGGAUGAGUUUGAGACUUCUUUGCAAGUGUUAAGAGGAUUUGACACUGACAUAUCUGUUGAAGUUUAUGAAAUUAAGAGAUCUGUGGCUUCAACAGGAAAAAGAGCUGCAAUCCGAUUUGCAGACCUAAAGAGGAAAAGAUAUUGGUUCCCUUUAAUGGUUGGUAUUGGAUUACUUGUUCUUCAGCAAUUAUCUGGCAUCAAUGGAGUUUUGUUCUAUUCAACCACCAUCUUUGCAAACGCAGGAAUUUCAUCAAGCGAUGCUGCUACAGUUGGACUUGGAGCCAUUCAGGUCAUAGCAACUGGAAUUGCAACGUGGCUAGUGGACAAAAGUGGUCGGAGGCUGCUUUUAAUGAUAUCUUCAUGUCUAAUGACAAUUAGCCUUGUCAUUGUUUCAGCAGCAUUUUAUCUAGAGGUGCUAUUUUGAUUAUGCAAUGCUUAGAGGAGAAUUGGGCAUGAGUUGCUAUGAAAGUUUGUAAGUGUAG